AUGCCAGAUCAACAUUCAGAAUUUUUUACACAUUUAAGUUAUUUUGGUAUUUGCACCGUUGAUCUUGAUGGAAGACCCUGGCCAACAAUUAUUGUUGGUUCGUCUACCACACUUAUUCGUGCUGUAUCGGAAAUGCAACUAGAUGUUUCGGCUGUUCUACCAGAAGGUGAUCCAUUUUUAUCCAGUGUUAUGAACACAACUAAUGCAACUCAUCGGUAUUUUGCUGGAAUUGGUGUUGAUUUCAGUAAUCGUCGAAGAAAUAAAGUAGCUGGAUAUAUUGCUGCGUCCAACCUUGUCGACAAUAUUCUGAAUAUGUCUUUGAUAACCAAUGAAAGUUUAGGAAAUUGUCCAAAAUACAUUACAGUCAGACGAUUAGAGUUUUACAAAAGAAGUCCACAAGUAGCGGCUGAUCAUCGACAUACCGACGUGAUUUGUCUGAAUCAAGAAUGCUUAGGUAUUAUCAAUCAAGCUAGCACAAUCUUUCUCGCUACUCGUCAUACGAGCAAAGUCUCUAACAAUACUUCGGAUCUUGGACUAAAUCAACGUGGUGGACCCCCUGGAUUUGUUCGAACUUACGAAGAGAACGGACAUACGUUUAUUGUUAUUCCAGAUUAUUCAGGAAAUCGAUUUUAUCAAUCUCUCGGAAAUAUCGAAACCGAUCGAGUUGCUGGUGUGGCAUUUCCUUGUUUUACUACUGGCGACAUGUUGCAUGUCACUGGCAUAGCUGAAAAUCUUUAUGAUGAUGAUGCUGAAUGUCUUAUGCCUCGUAUGACUCUUAUCACGAGGAUUAAAUUAACUGGAUAUGUAUGGAUCAAAGCAGCGCUGAAUCUGAUGUUAGUUGGUCCGGAACAAUAUUCUCCGUAUAAUCCACCUGUUCGUUAUUUAGCCACUGAACUUGAGCGAAUGGGUAGAUCUUUGAAAACAUCGACAAGUAAUGCGAAAUUAAUCGAAAUCAAGAAAUUAACAAACCAUAUUUCAAAAUUUACUUUUGAAUUGAACGAAAAUGUUUCGUUUAAACCUGGUGGAUAUGUCAUUCUCGAUUUUGCUCAUUUGAUUCAACAUGGAUAUCAACAUAUGAACAAUAGUAAUCCUCAGUCAGUCAAUGAUGAUUAUAUUCGAACAUGGACUAUUUCCUCAUCACCUCCAUUCAAUUACGAUUUGAAUACGUUCGAACCUGUAAAUAGAGUAUCGUGCACUAUCAAGCAUUUACCCAAUGGUACCAUAUCUUCUCUAUUACAUUCUCUAUCAAGUAAUCGAGGAUUACCAUUGGAUUGUAAAUUCAUUGGUGUCGGAGGCGAAUUUACAUGUUUUGAUGAAACAUAUCAGGUUCCUGAAAAACUCCUUUUUAUUGCUGGUGGUAUUGGUCUUACACCGUUCAUAGCCAUGCUCGAAGCAUUAUCUCAAACAAAGCGAACGACUGAUCUUGUUCUUCUAUUUUCUGGUCGUGGCGAUGAAAAAGAUUUACUCCAAGAUUUUCUUUCAUCUUCCAUCGUUUCAAAUAUAUCCAUGUUCGAUUCUACUCGUGUCAAUGCAUCUCAUAAGACUAACUCGCUCGAAGUAUAUAAUCGAAGAAUUCAAUAUGAUGAUCUGAUGAAUGUUUCUGACUUGCUUAACAGACAAGUCUAUAUUUGUGGACCUGGUCAAUUUAUGGCUGAUGUCAACUCAUGGCUAAACAAGGCGGGAUUGAAGUCCAAUCAAAUUAAGAUGGAAUCAUUCUUUUUCUGA